CUGUCUCCAAAUUGCUGAAUGAUAUUAUAUUUAUGAAUUUACUAUAGCAUGACUAAGUUAUUUGUUUUGGUGAUACUAUAAUCUGCAUUUAUUUAUUCAAAAAAUCUCAAUUUAAAACUAUUUUUCAACUGCUUAAAAAUUUGAAGUCCACCCGAAUUAUUAAGUUGGGUCAGGCAGCCGAACCAGAAACAAAACUUUAAUCUAGACCCACCCCCCUCUCCAAAAGAGGAAGAGAAAAUAAAAAAUAAAAAUCAUUGAGUCAGCACACCCAAAUUAAAAGAUCGAUAAACUGGAAGCGAAUCUUGCUCCUGAUUCUUAGCCCGUAAUGGCCUCUGUUAUAACAUCCAUUGGCAACUUUUUAGUGUUGUGUCUUCUCUGCUUGUCAAUUUGUCAACCAUUUUCAUCUUCAAAGCCUGAUGUUUUGAGCGAAGGUUCAUCACUAUCUGUGGGCGAACCAGAAGACGUUUUAUCUUCACCGGAUGGAACUUUCUCUGCCGGCUUCUUCCCUGUGGGGGAAAAUGCAUAUUGCUUUGCCGUAUGGUUUAGCGAGCCAUCCUACAAAAACAACAACAAGGCUGUCGUUUGGAUGGCGAAUCGGGACCAGCCCGUCAAUGGAAGAUACUCAAAACUCACCCUUCUCAAAACUGGUAAUCUUAUACUAACCGACGCAGGUCGGAUCACGGUUUGGUCCACUGGCACCGACUCUCUAUCAUUAACCCGCUUGCAACUCAACGACUUCGGCAAUCUUGUCUUGAUCAAUUCGGAAAAUGUUGUUCUAUGGCAAAGCUUUGAUUCGCCUACAGACACCCUUCUCACCGACCAACCACUCACUAGAUACACAAAGCUUGUCUCCUCCAGAAGCCAGAUCAAUUCCUCCUCUGGUUUCUACAAGCUUUUCUUUGACAACGACAACAUUCUCCGUCUACUAUAUGAGAGUAUAGAGAUUUCAAGUGUCUAUUGGCCUGACCCUUUGCUUGUAAGCUGGGACGCCGGAAGGUCCACCUACAACAAUAGCAAAAUUGCCAUUCUUGAUUCCCUGGGAAAUUUUAGUUCCUCUGAUGAUUUUACAUUCAUGUCUGCGGAUUAUGGUACGAAGAUGCAGAGAAGGUUGAAGAUUGACUAUGAUGGUAAUGUGCGAUUGUAUAGCAGGAAAAAUAGAGGAGAGAGAUGGGUUGUUUCAUGGCAAGCCUUUUCGGACCCAUGCAUGAUUCAUGGUAUUUGUGGAGCUAACAGCCUCUGUAACUAUGUUCCCAGUAUGGGUAGGAAAUGCUCUUGCAUUCCAGGAUAUAAGUUGAGAAAUCAAACUGAUUGGUCUUCUGGAUGUGUGCCAGAAUUCGAUAUCUCCUGCACCAAACAUGAAUCUACAUUCCUUCAAAUUUCCAGUGUUGGAUUAUACGGGUACGAGUACGGAAUUUUCUCCAAUUACACAUUGGCCGAGUGCAAGAAUUUAUGCUUGCAAUUGUGUAACUGCAAAGGGUUCCAAUUCUCAUAUGUACCAUCCAGUGGUAAUUUUAAGUGUUACCCCAAGACUUUAUUGCUUAAUGGAUACCGAGAGCAGAGCCUUUCCGGAGACUUAUAUUUGAGGCUGCCCCAGAGCUUCCUCCUUUCUAAGCCGAACUCCUUAGUGGAAUUCAGUUUAAACUGCUCCGUCCAAGAAACUAAACAGCUUGAUAGAACGUAUACACAAAGUACUGUCAAGCAAUCGGUGAAAUUCAUUCUCUGGUUUGCCUGUGGAUUGGGUGGAUUUGAAGUUAUUUGUAUUCUUUUGGUGUGGUGCUUAUUGAUCAGAACCCAACGAAACUCGGGUGCAGAGAUGGGAGGCUACCUUCUUGCUGCAACUGGAUUCAGAAGAUUUAGUUUUGCAGAGCUACACAAGGCCACGAAGCGAUUUAGCGAAGAGAUUGGAAGAGGUGCAGGAGGAAUUGUUUACAAAGGUGUAUUAUGUGAUGCUCGGGUUGCAGCAAUCAAGCGACUUAAAGAAGCUAACCAAGGAGAAGCUGAAUUUCUAGCAGAAGUCAACACCAUUGGGAGGUUAAACCAUAUGCACUUGAUAGAGAUGUGGGGAUACUGCACAGAGGGAAAGCACAGACUUUUGGUGUAUGAGUAUUUGGAGAAUGGAUCUUUGAAAGAAAAUUUAUCCUCUAAUAUGCUUGAUUGGGAGAAGAGGUUUGGAAUUGCUCUGGGAACUGCAAAAGGCCUAGCUUACUUGCAUGAAGAGUGCUUGGAAUGGGUUUUGCACUGCGAUGUGAAGCCUCAGAACAUACUCCUAGACUCUAAUCAUCAGCCAAAGAUAGCAGAUUUCGGAAUGUCUAAGCUACUUAAGAGAGGAGAGAUUAACAAUUCAAGUGUAUCCAAGAUUAGAGGUACCAGAGGUUACAUGGCUCCGGAGUGGGUUUCCAACCGUCCAAUCACAUCAAAAGUGGACGUCUAUAGCUAUGGGAUUGUUGUGUUGGAGAUGUUGACAGGGAAAAACCCGACCACCAAAUUCCGUGAGCUUAAUGCCACAGGGGAAACAGAGCACGGGAAACUAGUUACGUGGGUGAGAGACAAGGUAAAUGAAGCUCCAGAAAUGGAAACACGGCUGGAAAAGGUUGUUGACGCAUCUGCAAGAGGUGAAUACAACGUGGAGAAGAUGAAAAUUCUACUGGAAGUAGCUUUAAAAUGCGUAGAGGAGGAUAAAGAUGAAAGACCUGAUAUGAGUCAAGUAGUUAAGACUCUUCUACCCCAUGAGAAUGAUCACUAAGGACAAUAUUUAUGAUGGUGCAUGCCUCAACGAUAUUCGCAAAUAAUUAAGGAAUUGGAGAGAGUUAAAUUGGACUAAGUUGGAGUAAGAGCCUUUUUUUUUGUUUAUGUUUUCUAUUUUUCUUUCAUAAAAAAAUAUAAUAAAUAAAUGACUUGUUUUUGUAAGUUAAGAAACCGGUUUGGAGUGCUUUUACGUCUUGAAAUUGAUGAAGAAUCCUACACAUUGUAAAGCUAAAGCUUUUAGUAAUUCAACAAAAAAAAUUUAUUACAUAUAAAGAAUAUA